AUGGCGGAAUCGAGCAAACAGGGCGGAAGAUUGCAGGCGUUGGCGUGGGUGUCGGCAGAUGAACUGAAAAGAGAGUUGCAGAGAAGGGUGAAUUGUAUAGUUGAAGACGCUGAUUACAGUAUUGAAGACACUGAUGAAGCCAUGCAUUAUUUGAAUGCUCUAAAAGACUUGAAAUUGAGAGCUACUCCACCCCCUGAAUAUCUUUGCCCACUUUCUCAUCAGCUUAUGAAAGACCCUGUUGUUUUGGCUUCUGGACGGACAUAUGACAGACCAUUCAUUGAAAGGUGGUUCAAGAUAGGUAAUCGAACCUGCCCUGAAACAAAGGAGGUUCUCUCCAAUUUAGAUCUCGUCCCAAAUCUUCUAAUGAGAGAACAUAUUUCACUGUGGUGCAAGGAGCAUGGAAUUGAGCUGCCUGAUAAGGACCAGGGUAUAAUCACAGAAGCAGACCGAGAUCAUUUUAAUUCACUGCUUCAGAUAUUGUCGUCUAAUGAUGAUGUUCCAGAGAAGAUAAAGGCUGCAAAACAAGUUCGUAUGCUAACUAAACAGUUUCCAUCUCUACGGGCUUUUUUCGAAGAGGACAGUAUUGCUGUUACCAAAUUGCUAGAUCCUCUAAUGUCUGGAAAUGUGAAUGAUCAUCCUAAACUACAAGAAGAUUUGAUCACAACAGUUAUGAACAUCUCAUUACAUGACGCCAAUAAAAAGCUUGUAGCAACAAAUCCUGUUGUCAUUCCUUUACUUGUUGAGUCAUUGACGGCUGGAACACUUGAAACAAGAAGCAACUCUGCUGCUGCUCUCUGCACAUUAUCAUUACUUGAGUCAAACAAGUGUAUUAUAAUGAAGGCAGGUGCUCUCGAGCCUUUAGUUAAACUCCUGGAUGAGGGACCAUUGUUGGCCAUGAAAGAUGCUGCUGCAGCAAUUUAUAGUCUCAGUCUUGUCAAAGAAAAUAGGGCUAUAGCUGUUUUUGAAGGAGCAAUAAAGGUGAUUAUGAAGAAGAUCACUGAUCGCAUACUCAUUGAUAAAAUGUUAGUCCUUCUUGCCAUGCUGUCCAGUUAUGACAAAGCUAUUGAACAGAUGAUAAAGCUGGAUGCAGUCUCUUGUCUUCUUAGUAUCAUUAAGGAGGACACAAGUGAUAACAGCAAGGAGCACUGCAUCGCAAUUCUUCACACACUGUGUUAUAAUGACCGAACAAGGUUGCAAGAGAUGUCGAGAGAUGAGAGUGUUAAAGGGACCAUAGCUAAUCUUGCCCUAAACGGGACCACUAGAGCCAAGAGGAAGGCGAAAGAAAUUGUUGAGCGGAUUGACAAAUAUUUCUCUGGUGCACAAACUAGUUGA